GGUGUUCCUUACACCAUUCCGUCAUCGUUCCGCUACUAGAAUCGGCUAAACUUCUUUUUGUUCGUCUUGGUUAAUUCUUCUGCAUACCACGUGCUGAUAUAUCCUUUUGAAUGGCAUCUUCAAUUCUUAGAAUGGUUGGUAAGGAUAUAAAAGGAGCGUGUUUGAAUAGUAGCUGGCCACUUAUUGACCAUAUGAUCGCUCAGAAAGAUACCACGUGUCUUCAUUCAUUCUCAAGCAUCUCAUACCUCGAUAUCUUCCUGCGUUACUACGAAAAAAAAAAUUUCUUGGGGUUUUUUGCCGAUGUUUAUUGUGGUUUUAGGAUUGCUCUGCCAAAUCCUGCCUGAAUCUUGCCUGAGUUUUACCAAUUCUCCAUUUUCGCCUGUCUACAUAAUAAUUGUGCCGAUAUGAUGUCUUUGAGAUCCUUGGUCGGGGUCCCUGUCAGCUACCUGACCGUUGUCGGUGUGGUAUGUUGUCUCGGUAUUCAGCACACACAAGGAGCCUCCAUCGUAGAAAAACUACACAGCAGCAGAUCGAGAACGAAACGGCAGUCGACACUGCCGGGCGACAGAUGCAAAUUAGACAAGGGGAUUCAUAGACAACUGACAGAGAUAGAAACAGAUAUACAGAUGAUCUUCAUUCGUUAUGUUUUUGAUGCACCCGGAGCAGAAUUAUUAGAAAGCCGUACAUGUUUCCCCCCAUUACAUUCAUCAGGUCACAACGGCCAGUGGAUUGCAGCACGUGUAGAGCAGAUUCGUCAGUUCAUGCCGUGGUAUCGAGAGAUAGAGAGUCAUGUAAAUCAACCUGAUUCAGUUCUUCAAGCGGGAUUCUAUCCAGCUUUCUCAGGUCUUGUCAAUUUGAUCAAUUCUACGAUAGAUCGUCUAGAACAAAGGGUGGAAACUCUGAAAAACCGCACAAUCUGCGCAUGUCCGGAGAGUGUAUUAGAUCCCUCUCCAGUGUUAACAUCAAGUUGUCAUGUGGUGCCCCCACCCGAUGUUAUACCCCCCGAGUCUUUGCGAGCUCACGUCGCUAGUGUGAUUAGGCUACUCCUUCAAAUUAUUAACGAUCUUCACUCGAGACGGGUACGAGUAACUAUAUGCAGAAAUAUUCCAUUGUGAUGACGUAAGCAUUCCAACUAGCCAAUCACCGACUUCUGUUCAGUUCAUUAACUUGUAAUGGUAUAUCAUUAUUUAUUAGCCAAUUAUCCUACAGAACUAUCACCGCUAAGCCUAUAUGUCUACGCUCGUGUAAACUAUCUCUCUAUUUUUAUUCUUUACAAUCUAUUACACUUUAUUACCUCCAAUAUUUGGAGGAAUUUGUUAUUUAUAUUAAUAUUUAUAUGAUUCCUUUUCACAUUAUUUAUAUAUACGUAUAUACUUAAGACAAGUUUAUGUCCAUAUUAUAACUUAUUCACACACAUUAAAGAGUGUUCUAUUUAAAAUUGUGAUACGUCUUUAUAUGUUUGGUCUAUAUGUGUUUGUAUUCAUCGUGUCUUAAUUUAAGUAAGAUAUUUUAAAAAUGUGUCUGUGUGUGUUUUAAUUCGUAUAAGUUUAAAAACGUUUUCAUAACUUGAUAAUAGUUUGAACUUUGAUAAGAUUAAACUUGUAAUAAAUUAGAUUGUUGUCGAACAUUACACAUAUAUAAAGCAAAAACUUUGUAACGUUUUGCAUGUUACAAUAUAGAGAAAGUAGUGAUAUGUUGAUGAAUUGUGGAUGUACAGGACUGUUACAGGCCUAUUAUUUGAUAUAUGAUAUUAACAAAUAGCCACAUUAGAUUUGAAAAAGUGAAACAUUUAACUAACGGGUUUUUCUCAAACAUUUCGAUCCUGCCGAGAAAAGGAAUGACUUUAUAUUUAAACAAUUAUAUUCAACGUAAUUGUUUGAAACCAUCCUCGAAAUAAACUGCGACUCUUCGAAUAAAAAUCAACAUAACUGAAUCUUCAAAAUGAAUUAACGGGAAUUUUUUUAAAUAGUUAAUAAUAAUAAUAAUAAUUAUAAGAAUACAUUUGUUAUAAUGAUAAUAAUAUGGGGUUCUUGUAUUGAGUUCCUGUCUGUCAGACUUGAUACCAUCCAUACGCUCCCUGGCUUUAUCAUGACUGUCACCUUUACGCAAUGAUCCAUGUAAUGGUAUCAUAUCAGUGAAGAAGACGACAUUCUUGUCUAUUCAUAAUCGUAUGUUGUUGUGUUGUUCGUUUGGGACACGUGCAAUUUGAAGUGUAUUUUACUAGAGCAUUAUUUUUUCUCGCACGAUCUAUUGGAAGCUGGAAAACAAUAAUGACAGAUUAAUAUAUUGAUAAUAAAGUCACUUAUUUUGUGC